AUGUUCUGGUUUUGGGGCAAGAGCUCUGUGGCAGAAGUCAUUUUUACCAUAGAGUUUUUGCCCAGAUACCAGAGUUCACCUGGAUGUUUUCUCCACUGUGAUGAUAUCAAUAGUCGCAACAGCCAGGAAGUCGCAAAAAUGAAAGACCAGCGCCAGGAGGACGUCAUUGAACGAGCUCCCGCAGACAACAAACAACGUGCUACAGGGUGGCUGGCUCAAGAUCAGCUGCAAAGUGGGGCCAGACGGGCGGCCCAGAGGGGGGUCCUGGAAGUACGCCCCUGCGUGCCACAGGCCGAGAUCUUAAAGCAGGAGCUGGGCUCCUUCCUGGCCCUGGGCCAUCCCCAGAGCGAGAAGGACUACCUGGAGGAGACGUGUGUGGAGUGGCUGCGGAUGUACCUGGAGUACGGGAACGAGACCCUGCUGAGGACAGAGCCCCCGAUGGUGAGGGUGGCACCCAAGAAGGGCUACGAUGGCCGGGAGACCCUCUUCUGCCAGCUCUACGGCUUCUACCCCAAGGAGAUCAAUGUCACUUGGUUGAAGGAUGGGGAGGUCAGGAAGCGGGACACCCUUACGGGGGGUGUUGUCCCCAACUCAGACGGGACCUACCACACCUGGCUUAGCAUCGAUGUUGACCCCAAGGACAGAGGCUACUACCAGUGCCGAGUGGAGCAUGAUGGCCUCCCAGGACCCCUGGAACGGGUGUGGGAGGAGCCAGCAUCCAACUGGGGGCACGUCCUGGGUAUCCCUGGGGGCUUGGCAAUUGUCAUCUUGGUCAUCCGGGUCAUCCUGGUUAUUGUCAUCUGCAUGAGCGACACAGUCCAGUGGUCUCCGGAUUCCACCACAUGGAACCCCACAUCUGCAGGAAUUCCUUUCUCCCAAACCUCGUCAAUUUAGCUCAUCCAAGCAGGGCCUUCUGCAGGUGCUAACCUGCCAAUGGGCAAAAUCCAGAACUGCCCAUACGUGUGCCUUCUCGGUUGUGAGCCCCGCCUUGUGGAACGCCUUGCCUGAGGAGGUGAAGAAGGCUCCCAUUCGUCUGGCUUUCUGACAGAAAUAUAUGCAAUACUGAACUAUUCAAGAAGGCUUUUCUACGCAGGCAACGUGGAAGAAACUCUCGAGGAGGUGUGAGGGAAUGGUGUUGUCAGCAGGGCUAUUUUUGGGCAGGAACGCACAGGAAUGGAGUUCCUGCUUGCUCCCGAGUU